UCAGCAGCAACAGAAACAAUGCGAGCACCAAAAGCCAGGAUGGCUAAAACUUCUGCAACAGCCACCACAUCACUGGGUGACUGUAAGUCCCUUACUGGUGCAUGGGGUGAUGUUGAUCCAAAUAUAUUCUACAUCUGUGAUACACAAACAAAAAAGCCUCUGCAGUUACGCUGUCCCGAAGGCAAAGGAUUUUUUCUCGGCCUGGGCUAUUCGGGCUGCAUACCGUAUGAUCAAUGGCCGGCCUGCCUUACAAGUGGACAUCUUGAACAGGUGGCAGUUUGCGAUAGUGAACAUAUGCAACAGCCCUGGGAAUGCAUGAAUCCAAAUAAAUUUUAUGUAUGCCUGAAGGAGACUAUUGAACCAGCAAUACUGAAUUGUGAGCCAGGUAGGGGUUUUGUACAUGCCAUAGUCACAACAAGUGCCGGUAGUGGUGGUGGCAGCGGCACUCGUGAAGUUAAUGGUGGUGGUGUUGGCACCACAAGUGAAAUUGUUGGCUGUGCUAAUUGGGAAAAAUGGCGCAACUACAUGCACUGCAAUGAAUACUAUUAAAAACAACAGCAGCAAACAGAAACAUAAA